CUCGUGGUUAUGGCUGGAGCGGAAUGAGUGAAACGGUAUCAAAUACGUCAUGUCGAGGAGGACACUCUUCAUUUUGCCUACUAAAGAAUUGAUGUCUCCUUGACUACUUAUUGAUUUCCAGGUCAUAAAGGAGAGCGAGUGAAGGACAGACUUUUCUAAAUGAGAAAAGGCCUUGGUUAUCUUGUCCCAGAAUGCACCGCAUGGCAUACAACUCACGGGCAAAGUAUGUAAUGGGCGUUAAUACAGAUCAAAUAGAGUUGACCUGCUAAUUUCUUAAAGUAUUUCUGACAUCAACAGCCUUGAGUCUCCAAGAGGAAAACGUCUAAACGGCAUCAUUGGGAAGUCCAAACUCGGACGUCACCCUCAUUGAAGUUGAAAUGUAAAACAGUUAAGUCCUUUGCCUCUCUGCGUGAGCUGGUAAAGAUGAAGCCAGACAUCCACACUCUGGCCCAUCACCUGAAGCAGGAGCGGCUGUAUGUGGCCUCAGAGAAGCAGCUGAUCCAGCGACUCAAUGGGGACGUACUGAAGACUGCUGAGAGGCUGUACCGUGCUGCCUGGAUCACCAAGCAGCAGAGGAUCAACCUCGACCGGCUCAUCCUCACCAGUGCUGAGGCUUCCCCGGCCGAAUGCUGCCAGCAUGCCAAAGUGCUGGAGGACACACAGUUCCUGGAUGGUUACAAGACUCUGGGCUUCCAAGAGAGCAUCUAUGGGGAGUUCCUGGGCCGAGUGCGGGAGAAUCCCCGGCUGGUGGCCUCCUGCCUGGUGGCUGGGGAGAGGCUGAACCAGGAGCACACACAGGGGGUCAUUUACACUGUCUUCACCUCACUCUAUGGUAACUGUAUCAUGCAGGAGGAUGAGAGCUACCUGUUGCAGGUCCUGCGAUACUUGGUGGAGUUUGAGCUGAAGGAGAGCGACAACCCUCGGCGGCUGCUGCGGCGAGGCACGUGCGCCUUCAGCAUCCUCUUCAAGCUCUUCUCUGAGGGGCUGUACUCCGCCAAGCUCUUCCUCACCGCCACCCUCCACGAGCCCAUCAUGCAGCUGCUGGUGGAGGACGAGGACCACCUGGAGACGGACCCCUCCAAGGUGACAGAGCGCUUCACGCCGGCCCAGCAGGAGCGCCUGUUUGGGGAGAAGGGCUCGGAGGGCUACAGGCAGAAGGUGGCGGCUGCUGUGGAGGCCAAUGAGGCCAAGCUGGUGACCCUGGUCAACAAGUUCAUCGGCUACCUGAAGCAGAACACCUACUGCUUCCCCCACAACCUGCGCUGGAUUGUGUCUCAGAUGUACAAGACGCUGUCGUGUGUGGAGAGGCUGGAGGUGGGCGAGGUGCGGACCAUGUGCACGGACCUGCUGCUCACCUGCUUCAUCUGCCCAGCCAUAGUCAACCCUGAGCAGUAUGGCAUAAUCUCAGAUGCCCCUAUCAACGAGGUGGCUCGCUUCAACCUCAUGCAGGUAGGGCAGCUUCUUCAACAGUUGGCAAUGGCUGACGGUGAUGGAGACCCCAGGAGGAAAAACAGUUUGGCCAAGUUCGAUAAGAGCUGCGUAGCUGCCUUCCUGGAUGUGGUAAUCGGAGGGAGAGCUGUGGAGACGCCGCCCAUGUCCUCCAUGAACCUACUUGAAGGCCUCAGCAGGACUGUGGCGUACAUGACACACAGUCAGCUGCUCUGCCUGGUGGACUUUGUACGGAGUGUGAUGGCAGGGGACCACCUCCGGGAGGAGGAGCACAUACUCCUGGAGACCCUAAUGGCCAACGUGCCCCAGUCCCGCACAGUGAAGAGCAACAGUCUGGAGCUCACCCCCUCCAACACCCCCCAGCUUUCCCCAACCACCACCCCCGCCAACAAGAAGAACAGGAACUUAGGACAACAGUUAGCAACGUCCUGGGACUCCACAACCACCACCCUGUCUGCACACAUUCCAUUAGUUACACCUUUUGCCUCCCGCAGUCGCAGCCGUACUGAGCUGGCCCAGCAGGGGGAAGCAGAGGCCAGCUCCAUGGAGUCCCUGCAGGAGGUGAUGCCAGAAGAGGUGCUGGUGAUCUCACUAGGAAGCAGCCCGCAGACCAUCCCCGGCAUGAUGUCAGAGAAUGAGGUGUUGACCGUGCAGCAGACUGAUGGAGCACAAGGGUACACUCCUGCAGACGACACCAAGCACCAUUGCAAACCAGACAAAACCCUGCGUUUCUCCCUCUGCAGUGACAACCUGGAGGGUAUCUCAGAGGGUCCGUCCAACCGGUCUAACUCUGUGUCGUCUCUGGACCUGGAGGGGGAGAGUGUGUCAGAGCUGGGAGCUGGGCCAUCGGGGAGCAAUGGGGUGGAGGCUCUACAACUGCUGGAGCAUGAACAUGCCACCACUCAGGACAACCUGGAUGACAAACUGAGGAAGUUUGAGAUCCGAGAUAUGAUGGGCUUGACAGAUGACCGGGAUAUCUCUGAGACUGUGAGUGAGACCUGGAGCACAGACGUGCUGGGCAGCGACUUUGACCCCAAUAUGGACGAAGAUAGACUGCAGGAAAUAGCUGGGGCGGCUGUAGAGAACAUGCUGGGCAGCCUGCUGUGUCUACCAGGCUCCGGUUCAGUGCUGCUAGACCCAUAUGGAUCCACCAUCUCCGAGACCACCAGCGAGGCCUGGAGUGUGGAGGUCCUGCCCAGUGACUCAGAAGCCCCAGACCUGAAGCAGGAGGAGCGUCUACAGGAGUUAGAGAGCUGCUCAGGGGUGGGCAGCACCUCUGAUGACACAGAGGUCAGAGAGGUCAGCUCUCGGCCCAGCACCCCAGGGCUCAGCGUCGUCUCAGCGACAUCAGAAGACAUCCCCAACAAGACAGAGGACCUGCGGUCAGAGUGCAGCUCGGACUUUGGGGGGAAGGACUCUGUUACCAGUCCAGAUGGGGAGGAGUCAUCCCACGGAGCACAUCACAGUUUGGCCUCUCCGCCCUCUCAGGCUGACUCCUUACUGGCCAUGUUUGAUCCCCUCUCCUCCGGCGAAGAUUCCUCCACUGGUACCAUCGUGAGGCCCAAGGUGCAUUACGCCAGGCCCCUUCAUCCUCCCCCUGACCCUCCCAUCCCAGAGACCUGUGCCCUGGGACAAGAUCCCCGCUACUCCCUGUUCACGCCCCACUGCCUGGCCCAAGCCGAGCUGGAGCACACCAAGCAGCGCCACUCCUACACAGACAGGCUGGUACGCAGCCGCAGCUCUGACAUUGUGUGCCCAGGCCGCCGACCCACCAGCGACCCGGGCCUGAACCGCAGGGCUGCAGCCGAAGAGCGGGACCAUGUCGGGGCCUUCCUUAUGGGGCCGUUCUCGUCUCCUAGCAAGGACUCCCUGAAAGGAGAGGUUGAGGAGAGAAAGGACAGUGAUGAGGAAAAGUCUGAUCGCAACAGACCGUGGUGGAAGAAACGCUUUCAGUCAGCCAUUCCCAAAGCUCCGAUAGCAGCCUUACGGAAAAGGGACAAGCAGGAGAAAGACAAUAUGGGCCAUGAACGUGUCCCACAAGAUGACCCUCUGUCCAGGAACUCCCAGGCCCAGGCAGCAGAAGACAUCCUUGACAAGUACAGGAACAUCAAGAGGACCAGUCCCAGUGAAGGAGCCACUGCUGCAGCCUACGACGCCACAGGUCAGUGUCUUUCUCGCUCAGCUACACCCACUCACACACGCACGUUAAAUGAAUUUGAGCGUGUGAAUGUGUUGUACACAGAGUUGUGUGGAGAGGAGUGUGUGCACAACUCCCCCAGAGACGAAGCUCUGCAGAACAUGUCCACAGACGACCUGCCAGACUCAGCCAGCCAGACAGCCCAGCAACACGACUCCAACAAGUUCUCAUUCAGUGAUGCAAAGAAGAAGUUGAGACUGGCCUUGUGUUCAGCAGAGUCUGUGGCAUUCCCUCUCAUGGCUCCUGCCACCACGCGCAAUGGGCUGCCUGACCACACAGACUUUGAAGACAACGAGAUCGUGUGCUUCCUGAAGGUCCAGCUGGCGGAGGCCAUCAACCUGCAGGAUAAGAACCAGAUGGCCCAGAUCCAGGAGACCACGCGCUGCGUCAGCCGCUUCGACGCACGCACCUGCAAGAAGCUGCUGGCUGCCAUUGCUGAGGAUUACAGGAAGCGGGCACCCUACAUAGCGUAUCUGACGCGGUGUCGGCAGGGCCUGCAGACAUCCCAUGCCCACCUGGAGAGGCUGCUGCAGAGGGUGCUGAGGGACAAGGAGGUGGCUAACCGCUACUUCACCACAGUCUGUGUUCGCCUCCUACUGGAACACAUGGAGGCUAAGUCCCUGGACUUCAUCAAAGCCUUCCAGGGGUGCACAGCGUCAGACGACAAGACGGCGGCGGUGGAGGACUUCCUGCGCUACCUGUACGGCGCCAUGGCCCAUGAUGCCAUCUGGCAGUACGCCAGCGAGGAUCAGCUGCAGGAUGCCCAGAUGGCCAUUGAGCGCAGCGUCAUGAACCGCAUCUUCAAGCUGGCCUUCUACCCCAACCAGGACGGGGACAUCCUGAGAGACCAGCUUCUUCAGGAACACAUAGCACGUCUCUCAAAAGUGGUGACGGCGAAUCACAAAGCUCUUCAAAUCCCAGAGGUGUAUGCGAGGGAGGCUCCCUGGCCGUCUGCCCAGUCAGAGAUCCGGACCAUCAGUGCCUACAAGACCCCUCGGGACAAAGUGCAGUGUAUUUUACGCAUGUGUUCCACCAUCAUGAAUCUUCUGAGUCUGGCCAACGAGGACUCUGUCCCCGGAGCUGACGAUUUUGUCCCUGUGCUCGUCUUUGUCCUGAUAAAGGCAAACCCGCCUUGCCUGCUGUCCACUAUUCAGUACAUCAAUAAUUUCUACGCCAGCCGGCUGAGUGGGGAGGAGUGCUAUUGGUGGAUGCAGUUCACCGCGGCAGUGGAAUUCAUUAAGACCAUUGACGAUCGCAAGUGAAGCAGAACAGCCACCUGUAUGGGCAGACCGUGGUGAAGGAGACGGGACUUGGAGACUUCCCAACCAACUGCUCCCCACAGCCACCAGGACCCAGGCCCACACCCUGUCUGCUGUCUGUUUGUAUAGCUGUACAUAGAGUCAGAGACUGAGAGUAUAUAUGAUUAUUAAGUGGGCAAAAUCCAGGUUUUACAGUGGUGAAAAAGGCCUUGGAAAAAUUGAAAAAUGGCAGAUGUUAACUUUGAACAUAAACUAAUUUGAUUUUUUUCCCCUUUCAUCUCUUGGGUCUUCUUAGUCAUGGUGAGGUGUGGGGGGUCUGUAUCUGAAGUGUUCUAUCUUAAGUUAUGAUUCUGAUGUUAAAUUGACUGAUAAAAGCUUCUAAUCAGAUGAAAGGGGACCAUGUUUCCUUCCCUCGCCUUUCACUUCAAGAAGGUGAGGGAAGUUUUUCCUUGUUAAAUUGUGCAGUCUUUCCCCUGAAAUACUUAUGCUCUUCAGAUGUAUCGUAUCCUGGGGAUCACAAAACUCAAUAGAUACUGAGUAUUAGUGACUCAAGUACAUUAUAAGAUCAAUCCAUAAUAGUAAUGCUAAUGUUUCUAUUUUUAACGCUAGCACAUUGAUAAUAGGGAAUCUUUUUUUCAUCAAAUGUAGUCAUUUCAGUUCAUCCUUUCCUAAGUACUUAUUUUUAUGUGGCAAUUUUGACACGGGCCAACACAUUUAUAUAUGAAAUAAAAUGUAUGUAUUUAUUUCAUUCUAUUUAAUGCUUUUAAACAACAACAACAAAAAAUAUAUAUAUAGUGUUAGGAGGACAAGGAGCAGCGUUGUCCUUGGACUGAAAAGCCCCCAGGAUGAGAUAUCAGUAGCACUGCUUAUUUGGAAAUGCUGAAAAUUUGUGCCUUGAGGGGCGUUUUGUGUAAGUCUAUUCGUUUUCUAUAUAUUCUUGAGAAUGAGGGUUCUGCUCUUUGUUUUCUGUAAACGAUUGGCAUUACUCUCCCAUCCCAUUAUCACCAAUGAGCCCCACAGCCUCUUUAAGAAACCUCUGUCCAACCUCUAUGCUGGGAGUGACCUCUGAGGAGGACAGGCAGUGCGUGGAACACCGCUGGUUGUUUCAGUUAAUUCCCUUUGCACUCAUUUCCUUCCCAUUACCGUUAUGCCCUUGAAUAUCCAAGAUUCUACCUCAGUUAGAACCAAUGAACCCGCCAUUUAUUUUUGGGCACACGUCUUUAACGUUGGUUGGAUAGAAAGAAUAAUGGAACAGGUAUUCACUGUUCAAGGGGCUUCUAUAGCAUCAUCUUCCCCUGCUACAAUGAAGCAUAGUAGUAUGUAAUAUUUAUAUUUUAACCGGGUCAAAGUAACCAUUGGUAUUCAAGGUAGUAAAGCAUUUCCAAACGAACAAAGUUAGGUAUUUCUGUAGUUGAAUGCAUGUAUGUUUCAGCAUAGAGCAGACAGGCUAGUGAUUGGAUUAGCUCUACCUCACAUGAUCAAGAAAGGGACUCUUCAUGCGUCUGCGCGCGUGGAUUAUUUUAUUUCUUUUACCAUUUUAGAGUAGGGAUAUUCCAGUUUCAUAAUUUUCUUCCACUUACAGACAUGUUUCUGCUCUGCCUGUUCUGUGUCAGGGGCUCCCGAGUGGCACAGUGGUUUAAGGCACUGCAUCUCAGUGCUAGAGACUCUGGUUCAAUUCCAGGCUGUAUCACAUCCGGCCGUGAUUGGGAGUCCCAUAGGGCGGCGCACAAUUGGCCUAGCGUCGUUAGGGUGUGGCCGGGGUAGGCUGUCAUUGUAAAUAAGAACUUGUUCUUAACUGACAUGCCUAGUUAAAUAAAGGUUAAAAAAAAGAUGAAAAAGAAAUUAAAAAAUAAACGGUUUCAAAAUCACUUGCAGCCAAAGUCAUCAAAACUCAAACUCCUGUUCUGUUUUCAUUGCAGCUACAAAAGGAUCACACUAUGUAUUGUGCCAAGUGUUUUGUCUUAUUUGAUGUGUUAAAUGACUGCUUUCAUAUCACAUGAAUAGACAGCACAACAAAAAGAACAAACAGUCAGAACACUGACAUGUUACUGACCGUUGGAAAAGGGCUGUGAUGGGCGUGAGAGGUUUGUACGUUGAAUGUGUGAGGUUGGUCUGUUAAACGAGUGCGUCUGGUCUCUCUCCUCUUGCACUGUCUUAUAGGAUGGUCUUCUUACUGUAGCUACAGUACUACUCCACGAGCAGUAAAUCCUUGCUGGUAAAAAAUCUAUAUAAUACUUCUAUUUUCCAUCUCAGGCCAGGUAUGAAAGGGUUGAGAAUUGAGGCUUGGUUUUCUUUUGAGACUUUGACCCUGAUGUCAUUUAUUUUUCAAAGUUCAGAGCUAAAUCACUCCGAUUAUUUGUACGAGGUUAGUGACGCUUGAGCCCUACAUUCUACAAGCAGAACAUUUGACAUGUUUUCUACUUCUCUGCUCUUUAGUAAUGAGUCGCACCUCGUUUGAACUAAUGCCUCUGACAUUAAAAUACAGUAAUUGAGAUAAUUAUAUGGGUAGUUUAGCUAGGUCUUACUGUUAGUCAUAAGGACACACACAUUUAUAAGAAAUCUCAAAAGUUGGGAUAUAGUGUUUUCUCCCCAUUUCCGGACUUCUGUUCCUGGUUUUUGAGGAAUGUGUGUACAGCAUCUACUGUUUUUAAAUACACCUCUGCUAAAUGGAUACUGCUGUCUAACAUGUUUGAAAACACACCCAUGUACUAUGUCACCAAAUGCAGAUGGACUGUAUCUAUAAGUGUUUGUGGUGUCACUUUAGAGGUACUGUACAGACCAAAUGUUAAACAAUCUGGACUUGACUAGUGUUUCAAUGUUCCCUUAUACAUAUCAGUGACUCUUUUUUUAAUAGCUAAAUAAAACUACAACCAGCCUUAGUGUCUGACCUGAGUGAUACUGUUCAUACACAGUGACAGAAUACCUCUUAUUGUGAAGUUAAGGUACACAUCCUAACGUUGAAUUCUGUACUAUAGCCUGAUUUUAGCAUUGAUUGUAUGCAAACAAGUAGACAGUUGGUGGACGAAGAGACACUUGCCUAUGAAAUCUGGUCUUCAAAGCUUUACAAUCCUCCCUGUGCUCUGGUCCCGGUACAGAGUAGGCAGAAUAAUACAUUUGACAUUUGUAAGCUUGCACAAUUAUGACAUAUGCAGAGGGGUAGGUGAUCUGUCUUUAAUGUGAUUAAUGUAUUUAUAUAAUUCUUUAAAACUAUUAAACAGUCAUUUUUCUGUGA